GGGGCAACCAAACCAAACGAACCCAACCAACCAGCAAACUCCCCUUCUCUUCUCUUCUUCAUCCUAGUACACCUUUUGUCUCUCCGUCCGCAGUCCACUCCACCAAUAGAUCGAGCAAGAGCGAGCUAGAGCCUUGGCACGUGCGAUGGCGGCGACGGCGACUGCGACGGCGGCGGCGACGAGCGUGGUGACGGGGACGACGCGGUGGUGCCCGACGCCGGAGCAGCUGAUGAUCCUGGAGGAGAUGUACCGCGGCGGGCUGCGCACCCCCAACGCGUCGCAGAUCCAGCAGAUCACGGCGCACCUGGUCCACUACGGCCGCAUCGAGGGCAAGAACGUCUUCUACUGGUUCCAGAACCACAAGGCCCGGGACCGCCAGAAGCUCCGCCGCAGGCUCUGCAUGAGCCACCACCUCCUCUCCUGCGCCCACUACUACGCCGCCGCCAACGCCGGCCAGUACCACCACCAGCAGCAGCUCCUCGGCGCCGGCGCGGUUCCCCCUCCGCUGCUGCAGCACCAGCAGCAGCAGCAGUACUACUCCGCCUCCUGCGCCGGCGGCAGCUACGACCAGCACCUGCUCCCGACGACCGUCCCAGCUUCCGCUUAUGCUGCUGCUGCUGCUGGGUACGCCUACCCCUUCGCCGCCGUGCCGGCGAGCCGGUGCGCCGACCCCUCGCCGCCCAACACGCCGCUGUCCUUCCAUCACCAGGGUGGAGGCGUAGUAGGAUCGCCGGAGUACUCACUGGGGAGGCUGGGCAACUUCGGCGUGGUGGACGACACGUGCCGGCCGUCGCGGUGCGAGCAGCAGCCACAGCAGCUGGCCGUGGCGACGGAAGAUCAGGCGGCGCCGGUGACGGCGACGGGGCUGUUCUGCCGGCCGCUGAAGACGCUGGACCUCUUCCCCGGCGCGAUCAAGGAGGAGCAGCGCGAUGUCGCCUAGCUACCUCCAAUCUAUAGCUACCAGUAGCAGCAGCUAGCAGUCGUCGUCGUAGUACGUAGAGCAGACCGUACGCAGGUAGAGCAGCAGCAGCAGUACGUAGGAGUGCUAUCAUACUAGUAGUGUCUUUGUAUUUCCCAUCGAUUUUUCGUUGAUUAUUAAUCCGCUUAGUACCAGCUGAUCUUCAGCUUGACGUGGUGUAGUAGGAGUGUGGGUAGGUUGGCGGCAGGAAGAAAAGCGAAUGCAUGCAUUGAUUGAUUAGUGUAGUGACAUUAUGGAAUGUGAAGGUGGCAAGUGCAUGCUGCCCCGGCUAGCUAGCCAGCCCAGGACUAGCUAGGUAGUAGCGAGGUCGUACUUACGCAUGAAACGUUUUACCGCAUGCAAUAGCUAAGCUUUUGCUCCAUCGACAUGCAUCUUAGCUUCAAGUGUGUAUGCAUGGAUGAAAUAUUCUUUGUUGCCCCAGCUAGUGCAUGGGUCUCCCAACUCCAUUUCUAUCCUACACAAAUGCUACCGCCAAGGUAAAAAAAAAGAAGAAGAAGAAGAAGUGGGGACUAGAGUUGGGUUCAAGUUUGGCCGGAUUCACCAAGGUAAAAAUGAGAUUUGUUCGAGAAAAUUCAGA